AUGUUUUUUUGUUGCAACGCCGCCAAAUGCAAGUUGUAGUUAAUCAAAGAGUGAAAAUUCUUAUUCUAUUUCUUCAAAAAUAUAUUCUUUUAAAAUAAUUUAAUUAUUAAUUUUUUAUUAUGAUUAAUCGACGACGAAGAGGAAGUUCCGUUGCAAGCAGACAAGACGACGAAAUUAUGGACGAUUCAACACCAGAACAAUCUCCGGUACAAAUUGGUGGCAGAAAGAGGAAGCGCUUGGAUCCAUCUGAAUUAUGUCAGCAACUCUACGACUCAAUUCGAACCAUCAAAAAAGAAGAUGGUUCCAUGCUCUGCGACACUUUCAUUCGCGCUCCAAAAAGACGCCAAGAACCAUCCUACUAUGAUGUAGUUGCAAAUCCAAUUGAUCUGCUCAAAGUACAGCAAAAACUUAAAACCGAUUCCUACGACGAUGUUGAUGAACUAGCCCAUGACAUUGAACUUUUGGUAAACAAUGCUAAAGCAUUUUACAAACCCGAUUCGGCCGAACAUCAGGACGCAUGUACACUGUGGCAAUUUUUCACAACAAAUAAAUCAAAGAUACUUGAGUCAGCGGGCAUAGAAGAAGAACCCCGUUCGAAACGUGUUGGUCGUAAUCCACGUCGUUCGACUGCAAAUGAGAGUGAAACUUCAGAGUGUUCCAAUAAAUUGGAUGAAGAUUUUGAUCCUUAUGAAGAGCUUUUUGCAUCUGUGAUGACUGCAACUGAUCCAACAAUGAAUGACCGUCCGUUGCAUAGGGAAUUUCAGUUAUUGCCAUCAAAAAAAGUUUAUCCAGAUUAUUAUGAUGUGAUUGAGCAUCCAAUUGACUUGAGAUUGAUUGCAACAAAAAUACAAACAAAUGCUUAUUCAAAUCUAAUGGAAAUGGAAAAGGAUCUUUUGCAAAUGACAAAAAAUGCUUGUCAAUUUAAUGAGCCUGGUUCACAAAUAUACAAAGAUGCCAAAACCUUAAAAAAGAUUUUUACACAGAAAAAAAUUGAUAUUGAAACAGGUCGUGCAAAGGCAACAACUUCGAGAAAAAAUAAAACAUGCCAUAGCGCAUCGAUUGCUUCUUUGAAAGUCGAAAUCGAUACAUCAGAUGACGAAGAUACAGAUAAAAAAGGAGAGGGUCCAAUGUGGGCAUUGUUUGAUCAUUUGUUCAAUGCUGCAAGCUCUUCAGAUCAUCCUAAUGCAACAGGCGCACCACUUGGAACAUCAUUAUGGAAACUUCCGUAUAGGCGAUUCCAUCCAGAGUACUUUGAAUUAAUUAAACGGCCAAUCUCAAUGUGUCAAAUUCAGACAAAACUCAAGAAAGGUGUUUAUGCUAAUAUAACUGACUUAACAGCAGACUUGUAUUUGAUGUUAGAUAAUGCUAAGAAAGCAUUUGCUCCAACACAUCGCACUCAUAAGGAUGCAGCAAAGAUGUUAAGAAUAAUGAAUGCUAAACUUGUAGAGGAAGGCUUAGAUGCGGAAAUGAGCGAUAGCGAAGAAACGACAACUGAUUCAAACAUAAAUGUCAUACAACCAAAGAAAAAAGGUCGUCCCAGAAUCAACUCCAACAUAAGUUCCCCAACACCUGCAACUCCAAGUGUUACAUUCAGCGGUCCAUCAUCGAACAUUUCGCCAAAAAAUCGAACCCCAACAAUUACCGCAACAAGAAAGAAAAUGGCUAUUAUUCAAAAGUAUUUGGCAGAAUACACUGUUGGUGGGCGUAAUAUUGCUCAAUUGUUUAUGGAAAAACCUCCGAAAAAACUCUAUCCCGAUUAUUAUGAUAUAAUUCAAAACCCAAUUGAUAUGUCAACAAUUGAGGCUAACAUUCGACAAGAUAAAUACAACACAUUGGAAGAAUUGAUUUCUGACUUCCGCCUAAUGUUUUCAAAUUGUCGACAAUACAAUGAAGAGGGCUCACCUAUUUUUGAAGACGCUAAUAUUUUGGAAAAAGCAUUGAAUGAGAAAUUAAAAGAAUUUCCAGGUUUAAAUGAAACUAAGAAAUCAUAUUCAAGGAUGAAAAUUAGUCGAAAGAAGACUCCCCGCAUAAACAAGCUAUGGAUGUUUUAUGAAACAAUUAAAGAAUACCAGGAACCUAAAGGAAAAAGACAAUUGUCUUUGAUAUUUACAAAACUUCCAUCCAAAAAUGAAUAUCCGGACUACUAUGAUAUAAUCAAAGAUCCUAUUGACAUGGAAAAAAUUGCACAAAAAUUAAGACAAUGUUCAUAUGAAAGUGUCGAUGAAUUGACAGCUGACUUUUUAUUAAUGCUUGAGAAUGCUUGUAAAUAUAACGAACCAGAUUCACAAAUUUAUAAGGAUGCCUUGAUAUUGCAACAAUUGGUGAUCCAAAUGAAGCAAACUUUAAGAGAAGGAGAUGAAACCCUUCCUGACGUCCCACUAGCCGUACAGGAAUUACUACUUUCUCUGUUUUCUUCUAUGUACAAUCACCAAGAUGCUGAGGGUAGAUGCUAUUCUGAUUCAUUGGCAGAACUGCCAGAAUAUGAUUCAGUCUCUGGAGAUGGAAAUAACAAACAACGUGGUAUUUCAUUGGAUCUAAUAAAACGUCGGUUAGAUAAAGGAGUUUACAAACGAUUGGAUACAUUUCAAGAGGAUGUAUUCAUGUGUUUGGAACGUGCACGUAAACUAUCCCGAACCGAUUCUGAAAUUUUUGAGGAUUCAAUUGAACUACAAUCAUUUUAUAUCAAAAAGAGGGACCAGUUAUGCAAAGACACACUGAGUUCACCGGCAUUGAUGUAUACAGCUUCUCAUUUGGAGACUGAUGUUGACGUUUUGCGGCAAACUAAACUACUGCAAGAAGAACAGGAUCAAGAUGACGAAGAUAAAGCAGCUACCCAAGGUGAAAGUUUAACGAUUGAUCAAAAAGUUUACUCGCCUGGAGAUUUUGUGUAUGUUGAAUCGACUGAAAACAAAAUUCCCAGUAUUGCAUACAUUGAACGUUUGUGGACAACAAAUGAAAAUGUAAAAAUGAUGCAGAUUCGUAUGUUUAUGAGACCUCAUGAAACUUAUCAUUUAACUACCAGGAGGUUUUUAGAGCAGGAAGUAUUUAACAGUCACAUUGUUACUAUACCACUUGCUAAAGUUCUUAACAAAUGUUAUGUUAUGCACAUAAAGGAUUACAUUAAAUACAAACCUGAAGGGUUUGCUGACAAAGAUGUAUAUGUAUGUGAAUCUCGCUACAACUCUAAAGUAAAAUGUUUUAAGUCGAUGAAAUAUUGGAAUUUUGUAAGAGAAAAUGAUCCAGUUAAAUUUAUACCAAGAGAAGCUCCACUUGAGCUUAAGCGUGUUAUAUCUGUGUUUAAGGAACGUAUUGAAAAGCACAAAUGUGAACUCGCUGAAUUGAAACUUCAGGAAGCACUUGUCGAGAAAGAGAAACCAAACGUCGAAUGUCCCACUCCAGUUGGUGGAGAAGCCAACAGUACUUAUUACCAGCAGUACAACACUAUUUGCAGUGGCGUUAUUAAAUUAGGUGACUUUGUUUAUGUGGCUACGCAAAGUGGAAAACAAUCAAUAGCACAAAUUCAUUCAAUAUGGGAAUCUUCAGGGAAAUCUUAUUUCCAAGGUCCUUGGCUGUUGGCACCAAAUGAAAUUUCAUCGCCACCAAAUAGAACUUUCUAUCAACAAGAACUUCUUCUCUCUACGGUGCAAGAAAUCAGUCCAAUAAUUGCCAUAGUUGGACGCUGUGCUGUGCUAGAACAGAAUGAAUAUUCCUCAUGCCGCCCAACUGAAAUUUCUGAAAGUGACGUGUACAUCUGUGACUCCAUUUACGAUGAAAUGAAAAAGUCUAUUCGUAAAUUAAAUCCUAAUACUGGACUUAAAAAAUUUAUUCAUGGGCCGCUUGUAACACAAGAUGAAAUUUUCCACUUUAAAACGGUUAUAAAGAAAAAAAGAGAGCGGAAGACCAGUGUUACCCAAGAUGUAAAACCUGAUAUUAAAAUGGAAACAAAUGAGAAUCUAGGAGUUUUAGAAGAUUCUUUAGACGGUGGACCGCCAUCCGUAAAUUCCGAUAUAGCAACAUCCUCUCCGGCACCAUCAGUAUCUUCGACACCAUUGUCGUCAAAGCUCAAGCCUCCAAAACCUAGCAAAUCGAAAGUGCUUACCGGAUAUAUAUUGUACUCAUGUGAGGUACGAAAAGGCAUCUGUCAAAGCAAUCCAGAAUCAACAUUUGGUGACAUCUCCCGAAUGGUGGGUAAUGAAUGGAAAAAUCUUCCAGCUAGCGUUAGACAAGGCUGGGAGGAUAAGGCUAUUAAAAUGAAUGAAGAAAAUGCAGCAAAACAUUUUGAAGAUCAACAAAAUUACAGGCCCCCUACUCCGGUUGAAAAUCAGGUCUUUGAAUGCAUGUGGGAAAAAUGCGAUUAUCAAUUUGAAGAUGCCAACGAUUGUUUGGAACAUUGUAUUGUAGAGGAUGGUGGACAUGUUCAAAAGUCCUAUCCUCAGGGGUCGGAUGCAGAAUUUCAUUGUUUAUGGAGAAAUUGUGUUCGUGCCAAAAAAAAUAUGCCAGCUUUUCCUCAUUUGCAACGAUUAGUUAAGCAUGUUCGGGAAGUUCAUCUUAACAAAGGUGGUAAAAUUGUACAAGUUGCUGAUAGGAGCAAAAAUUAUGUCGCAAGGAAAACUCCACCACAAAUUCAGUCACAAAAUUCCCAAAGCAACUCUGGGCCAAUGAUCUCACCGCGAUCAGGUCAACAAUCACAACCUCAACCACAACAGCAAAUUAUUUUGGCAGCACCUCCUCCAGAGCCUAUGUUUGUGACAGUUCCACCAAGACCUCAACGGGUUCUUCAUAGUGAAGCAUAUAUUCGUUACAUUGAAGGUCUCCAAAACAAUAGUCCCCAUAUUGGACCAUGGGAAAAAACUAUUAAAGCAACUCAACAAACGGCGCCCAGUGUUGAAACAUCGCGUUUACCAACACAUUGGCUUGGAAAACAUGCCAAAGAUCACCCUGAUCAAAUAGCAAAUAGCCUAUGGCAUUUACGUAAUUUUAUGAUGAAGGAUGUUCUAGAAAUCAAACGCAAUUGUUUUUAA